UCAACCAGAAGCUGCCCCGCAUCCACAGUCACUCUCACCGCAGCUGACAGCACCACUCGACGCUUCCAACACUGUCUUCCCUGCACCAGUAUCUCCGUAUCGCAGUCAGAUCCCCCAGCCAAGGCCGGACUAUCCCAAUUGCCGCUGCCCACGGUAUCAUCCGCCCAGAUUACGCACACCCGCCAGAGAACACCGGUUCUCCCCGUGGAGGACCCUGGACGAGCUUUUGGAUGCAGGCUAAACGGUCACACAGCCUUACGAACCCCAUCCCAGCGACAUCAUGGCAGACCCCGCCGUCGCGGCUCUUAAUUCCCUCCUCCGUGAGGCGUCUAUCGACGACCAUGCCGAAGCUCUCGAGCUCGCAACUGCCGCCGUUCGCUCUAACAAGAUCCAAGGCCCCGACCUGGCCAGCGCCCAACACACACGCGUGGUCGCACUCUUGAAGCUCGACCGCUACGACGAUGCCCUCCGAGUCAUUGCCGAGGGCGGUGACGCUCUCGAGAAGGACUGCUCUUUCGAAAAAGCAUAUGCGCUCUAUAAGACGGGAGACUUGGAGGGCGCCGAGGCGGUGCUGCAAAAGACUGGAGUCGACACCGGGAAGAGCCAGCGUGGCCUGAAGCACGUUGCUGGCCAAGUGGCAUACCGCAACGAAAAGUUUGAACGCGCCGCCGCGAUAUAUCGGGAUCUCAAGGACGAUACCGAGGGAGCAAACUACGGCGAGGAGAACGAUCUGCGAAUCAACUUGACCGCAGCCGAUGCGCAGCUGCAAUGGCAAGGAAUGGAGUGGGCCGUUCCAGAGGAGGAGAAGCAGCCAGCGAGGGAGGAUUUGGAAGCCUUCGAGACGGCGUACAAUGCUGCUUGCAUCUGCAUCUCGAGGGGAGACUACACCAAGGCCUCGGUUCUACUGAAACGGUCCAGGGAUUUGUGCGAGGCAACCGAGGACUUGAACGAGGAGGAAAAGAAGGCCGAGUUGGUGCCAAUCCUUGUGCAGCAGGCCUUUGUCUUUACCAAGCUUGGGAAGCUAGACGAGGCCUUGAGCCUGCAGAAUGCCAUCAACCUCUUCGAGGUAUCCGAGACAUCUACCAAGGUCAUUGCGCAGGGAAAUAAACUGCUCCCCAAGGCUACCGCGAACCCCUUUAUUGCAGAGCGUUUGGCCCGUGCUUUACCAAAAAUCGAAGGAAACGACCGGUUGUUUGGGUUCCAAACCGCUGCCCUUCAGCGGAACAAGAAUGUCAUUGAUCUUCAGGCCCAAAAGUUUGAGGGCAAAGAGAUCAGAGCGCACAAACUUCUUGCUGGAGCCCAAGUUCCCGAUCUCUCAGUUUCCAAGGUCGACCUUGGUGUUGCCGGCGCAGCAGCUGCUACCAAGUGUGGGGAUGGCAAACCGACUGUGCGCCAGCUUUUGCCUCUUCUGGAGAAGCGUCCAAACGACAUUGGUCUCCUCCUCACGAUUAUCCAACUCUACAUUCAAAUCAACACACUCCCUCCGGCAAUCUUGUUGCUCGAGAAAUUCUUCACACGCCUCGAGGAGGCGAACACCCCCGAGCACAUUGAUGUCCGGUUUGCGCCUGGCCUUGUUGCUCUUGCUGUAUCUCUCUACCGGUCUCAGAACCGGCAAAGGGAUGUCCGCAACGAGCUCUCCAAGGCUGCCGCGCACUGGAGAAGCAAGACUGAAGCCGCAGGAGCAGGCUCAUCCAUCGCCAGAGAAGCUGGGAUUGAGUUACUUCGCUCCUCGCACCCUUCCGACUUGGCAGCUGCUGGCAAGGCCUUUGAGCAGAUUCUCUCGGCCCAGCCAGGGGACCGCACUGCCACUGCAGGUCUAGUUGCCAGCUAUGCCACGACUGAUUUUGCCAAGGUGGAACCCUACCUGGAAUCACUGCCCUCGGUUGAGAAGCUCACUCAAGGUGUGGAUGUUAGCGCGCUCAUUGACGCCGGUGUUGCUCUUCUCACACCUCCUGCUUCUCAGCAAUCCAAGAAGAGGAAGUUUGAUGGAGAGGGCGCGGCCCCUGAAAAGGAGAAGCAACAGCCGGCCAAGAAGCCAAGGAAGAGGAAGCUGCCCAAGAACUACGACCCAACCAAGAAGCCUGACCCUGAGAGGUGGUUGCCACUGCGUGACAGGAGCACUUAUAGGCCCAAAGGCAAAAAGGGCAAGAAAAGGGCUCAGGAGGCCACUCAGGGCGGUGUAGUGAAGGAGGAGGAGACGCUGGAGCUGGCGGGCGGUGCUGGCUCUGUCAAGGUAGAAAAGGCCGGCGGGGGUGGUGGUGGAGCGAACAAGAAGAAGAAGAAGGGGAAGAAAUGA